AUGUUUCUUGUAAAGCUGCUGUCUGACCAUAUCGUCAGCUGUUUCUCAGAGUUGGAAGUGGGUGGUACGAGAGGUAUCGUUGCUAUCCCUCAUCGUGGCCUGUGUUCUUGUACCGUACAGAAAGCCCAUCGGACCCGCAACGCCUGUCUGGCUGGCACACUGCUGUUUCCCACCGUCGUCCACGGCAUCGUGCUCUCGGCUGUGAACGUGGACGCUCUCCCAAAACCUACUUCUACGGGAUGGGACGUUACACCAUCUUCCUGUGGAUUAGCCUCAUCCCGGCGGGAGAGUUGCCCAGUUAAUGGGACAGGCAUCUUGGCCUUGGCCGUCCAGUUCUUCCGCGCCAAAUAG